CUAAGACUACAGUCGCUUUGAUGCAAGAGGUCCCUUUCUCCUACUUACUCUGCUAGCAAGUUCGGCCAUCGGUCAUCUGGGCGUUUCGCUCAGAAUCCAAAUUGCGUAGCUGAGGAUGGCAUCGGCAUCUUCGAGUCUGGGUUCCGAUUCUCGGAUUAAAGCAGCAGAGCAGGGCUCGGCGUUGGCACCGCCGUCAGACAGACCACGGCAGACGCAUAUUCACUUUCCUACAGAGGUUGAUUCUGUAUCCUCCAAGCCGGCUAGCCCAUCCGACUUUACCGGUGCAGGACUGCACUCCUUAGAACCUGGCUCUACUCUGUCUGUUCCUGGUUCUCACGAUGAUGAGUUCUUUGAACGCCGCCGCGUUCGUUCCGCAAAUGCAUCAGAGGCGACGCGCCCGUACGGUUCGUACUCGCGAUCUCAAUUUCUGCCUGGUCCAAGUCGUUCGCGUACUGCCGCUAAGAGAGUUGUGAGCUUGUCUUCUCAUGGCUCGGACCGUUCGUAUAGGAAGGGAACAUCUUCUAUUGGAUCAAGCCCGCUCUCAGGAGAUGUACUACUCCCUCCAGCUUUGGGGACACCUGAUCAAGGCGACGAUCCGAAUAUUCUAGCUGACCUUCGCAAAGCUCUACAAUACAAACCACGUGUAGAACAACAACUUAAGGAAGCAAAGUCAUUGACAGAAUUUCCAUCAUCCUUGCAGCCGUCUACCUCCAAUGCAUCCCCUAUGUCCAGUUCCCCGUCGUCUCGUCCUGCCUGGGCGACUUUUCCCCGCUCGGAGCCGAAUACGCCAGUCAAGCCAGAGUUUGUUGACUUCAGCCCAUCCGUGGGCAAGGCGUCUCUGCAUCCUGUUCCAACUUCGGCAGAUGACGGUGCUACAUUGGACUGGUCCGGCUCAACAGAUGACGAGAAGCAUGAGAGGAAAUGGACAAUGUCAUUAUCACGCAAGUCCUCCAAGGAUAAGCAUCCGACUCUGUCACGCAAAGCACUGGUAGAGAGGCAAGAUUCGCAAUAUUCUGACAAAUUGACGAGAAUCAGACAGAAAGCAAAUGAACUCACAAUACGUAAAGCCGAAAUAACCAAAGAUCAGCUGCAACGGCGUUACACCGCCCUUAAUGCUUCCUUCACUUCCGCAAAGAGCCGUUUGAAUUUGGUCAGUGUCGCGCGUUGGUUUGACAAGCAAGAAAACGUACUCAAGGCGUUGAUUGUGGAGAACGAGCCUAUGCCUUGGUUGCGCCAUUUGCUUCACGGACGUGGCACUAAUCAGGGUCAACGUCGACUGCCUUCUCCUUGGAAUGUUUCUGCUAUGAUCGUGGACGAGUAUAUGCGGUCUGCCUCUGACGCGGAGUUCGUAUUAACAACCGAAGUCGCUGAUGAUAACGCCUCCGAAGCGGGAUCAUCUGCAUCUGCGGCGAUCAUGCGUCGACCCGCCUCCGGUCGUGCAUCAUUCCGGUCGUUUGACGGUGGUUCUGGACGUAAAUCUGAUGAGUUGCUAUCGUUUGAGCCAUUGUCGCAUUCUCGUCGAGACUCUGUCGGAGCGGACUCGCGUGCGAGUGUUGAUACGCAGCUGAAGCGAUGGCGGCAAUCACUACUGCACCGAGCUGAUAAUGAGGUUUCGUCUGAAGGAUCCGUGAGGAGUAGGAGAAGGACUGGUUCCUUAGAGCAGGGCAAUGGUCAGACGGGUCAGAAUUCGUCGGCUAACUCACGUAGUCCCUUGCACUCCCUUGGUAUUAAGAGGCGUUCAAAUACCAUGCAAGUGAAUAGCGAUGAAGGGCAGUCUUCCGCAGCAGACUCGAUGAUUGACAGGUCGAAGGAAAGCACGCUAUCCAAAGACGUACCGAAGAAACCCGGCCGGGAAUCCAGGCGCAGCCGGUUUCCUCUAUCUUUGGACCUUAGAUCUGCGCAACCUUCCUUCAUCGAAUCGAAACAGCGUCCGGGAACGCUCUCAAUUGACGAGCUACGUACGGAUGUAUCGACGCCGAACAAAAGCCAAAGCUUACCUGUUGGAAAGGAGGGAAGAGCUACACCUUCGGUCGAUCCAUUCGAUGGUCGUCCAACUCCAAACAAUCAGUUGGCUUCUCCCAUCGCCCUUGACUCAGUGCGUAAACCUGAUCGAAGAAAGACGCACAGGGUGUCUCUUCCGCCAGCUUUCCAAACGCCUAAGACACGAAGAAGCAGGUCUAAUACCAGAACAGAGGCUCAGAAUCACGCAUUACAAGUUGAAUACACGCGGAAGAAAGAAUUACUGGAUGCUCUUGUCGCACGUAAUCAACGCAUGAGGGCUUUACUACAGGUUGCCUCGAGGUCGAUUCACGAUUAUGAUGAGACGCAAUCCUCGAUGGCCCAGAAACUCGGGUUAAACUAUCAACCAUUACCACCUGAGGUUCUAGAGGCUGUAAAACACGAUCCGUCUGCGUCAGUUGGUCAUCUUCGCAGUCUGCAAGGGUGGAGAGCUGUUGAAGAUAUACACCUCCGACGUGAACGGCAGAAGGACGUUUUGCAACGAUUUACUUCAUCGCUGCAAAAUUCCAUUGCGCCGUUAUCGUUGCCCAAAGACGGUAUCUAUGAGAGGACGAUGGCAAGUCUUUCUGAUCUCGUCGAAAGACUGCACAGCCAGCGCAGUACAGUGCUCUCACAUGUUAGACAAACGCACGAACUGCUGGCCAGAGUAAAGAAGAUGAGGGACGAGUUGAAGCCAGAAUUCGAUGAGGCAAGCAAGCAUACAUCUGCAAACUAUCCAGAACUCGUUCAAUUAGAAUCUCUUCUCGAUGAAAUCGUCAAUGAGACGAAUAAGCUCUGGAGACUCGCCGAGGCCUCUAUAUCAUUCUUGCUUACUUCUGUUGCCCCGCUGAUGAAGACAUUUGGACGGCCUGUUUGGGACGAAGUACACGACUUCCUCGUCAUUCCUUUAUACCGUAACGGCUUCUCGGGUGAAGACCACUGGUACCCAGUCACUUUCCCGCGCCGAAGUCUCGUACAUUGGCUUCGCCUCCUUUUCUUCUCAACCAGUGCACCAUUACUCCUAUACCACGGCGCUCGUUUCUUCGUCGCUCUCCUCACACACGGCUACGUCAUUCGAAUUCCCGUAUUUAUACCCACGUUUGUCGUAUACGUCGUGUUUUCUGGUCUUAUGUGUGCUUUCGCGUCUUUGCUUUUUGGUUUGUUCGUCGUCGUGCUUUGCGAGAUGUUUAUUGUUCUAUGGUGGUUAUUAUGGUUACUACGUAUUGUACGAUGA